AUGGUUACAGGUGAUGUUAAGACUGAAGUCACUCUUAAUACUAAACAGACAAAUGACUUGGAACCUUUGAAGCAGGAAAUCAGUGACAAUAUCAGUACAGGUGAAUUUGCAAAGUGCAGUAAUCCUAGCUAUGGUGAAAAUACAGAUAUUUGUUUCAAUCUUGUUCAAACUCAAAGAAGCAACCUGGGACAUUUAUGUUCUGAAUAUGAGAAUUUUUUUACCAGGAAAUCAAAUCUUAUUACAAAUCAGAAAAUUCAUACAGGAGAGAAAGCAUUUUUGUGUUCUGAAUGUGGGAAGUGUUUUGCUCGGAAAUCAAAUCUUAUUACACAUCAGAAAAUUCAUACAGGAGAGAAAGCAUUUUCAUGUUCUGAAUGUGGGAAGUGUUUUACUCAGAAAUCAACUCUUAUUACACAUCAGAAAAAUCAUUCAGGAGAGAAAGCAUUUUCAUGUUCUGAAUGUGGGAAGUGUUUUACUCAGAAAUCAACUCUUAUUACACAUCAGAAAAUUCAUACAGGAGAGAAAGCCUUUUCAUGUUCUGAAUGUGGAAAGUGUUUUACUCAGAAAUCAAUUCUUAUUACACAUCAGAAAAAUCAUUCAGGAGAGAAAGCUUUUUCAUGUUCUGAAUGUGGGAAGCAUUUUGCUUGGAAAUCAGCUCUUAUUACACAUCAGAAAAUUCAUACAGGAGAGAAAGCAUUUUCAUGUACUGAAUGUGGGAAGUGUUUUACUGAGAAAUCAACUCUUAUUAUACAUCAGAAAACUCAUACAGGAGAGAAAGCAUUUUCAUGUUCUGAAUGUGGGAAAUGUUUUGCUUGGAAAUCAACUCUUAUUGCACAUCAGAACAUUCAUACUGGAGAGAAAGCAUUUUCAUGUUCUGAAUGUGGGAAGUGUUUUAAUAUGAAAUCAACUCUUAUUACACAUCAGAAAAUUCAUACAGGAGAGAAAGCAUUUUCAUGUUCUGAAUGUGGGAAAUGUUUUGCUUGGAAAUCAACUUUUAUUACACAUCAGAAAAUACAUACAGGAGAGAAAGCAUUUUCCUGUUCUGAAUGUGGAAAGUGUUUUACUUGGAAAUCAAAUCUUAUUAUUCAUCAGAAAAGUCAUGCAGGAGAGAAAGCUUUUUCAUGUUCUGAAUGUGGGAAAUGUUUUACUAUGAAAUCAACUCUUACUGCACAUCAGAAUAUUCAUACAGGAGAGAAAGCAUUUUCAUGUUCUGAAUGUGGGAAAUGUUUUACUCAGAAAUCAACUCUUAUUACACAUCAGAAAAUUCAUACAGGAGAGAAAGCAUUUUCAUGUUCUUAAUGUGGUAAAUGUUUUACUGAGAAAUUCUGAUUAUCCUAAUAAAAUUGCGGAAUAAUCUAUAUUUUAUUAGAGACAAAUACGAUUAUUUUGCUAUUAUUUUCCUUUUACUGCUCAAUAUCAUUUUUUAAAGUAUAUAACAGAAUAACAAAAACAGAAAAAAAAACUGAAAAUUUUAAACAUAACCAAUGACAGAUAAUAAUAAUAUGGUCAGAUAGUACAAUAAGCUAACACCUAAAUCCAUAAACUGUCCGAAAACUAUUAAUCUUCCUCUUUUUCAUUUGCUAAUAGUAAAAAAAAGAAGCAUAGGGAAUAAAAAGAAACAAAAGUCUGAAAAAAGACUAACUAUGCUGAAUAUGUGAAGGAUGAAUUAUGAGAAUUCAACUGUAGAUAAAACUAGAGAUUUUAAGAAACUGGAACAUCUAAAUUUCUUGAAAUCUUCAAAAACUUGAGAAUUCUUUCUUUUCUGGAUAUAACAGAAGAACAAAGAUGCAGUGUCUUCUUUAGAUCCCUGGGUUGGAUAGGGUUGAACUGAAAAAAAAUAUAUAAAUAUUAAAGUAGCCAAUAAAAUAAUCAAUUCAAAUGUUCUUAACUGAAUGACAAAAUAUUUAAGGGAGGGAUAAAAGAGGAUGGAAAAGAAUUGUUUCUGUCUCUAAUAAAAUCUAGAUUAUUCCGUCAUUUUAUUAGUAUAAACGGAAUUUUAUUACAAAGACAGAGACUUAUAUUUUACUAGUUUAAAGCAAAUAAAUUCAGGAUGCCAGAUGGUGUGGAAUAGAAGAAAUAGGUUUAAAAUAAAACUGAGGAAAAAUAGUCAGAAGACCAACCUGCAACAUUUAAAAUAUCUUGUAACAAAGCAUUCUUAGAAAGGGCCUUAGAAGCGGAAGCUCCUAGAAUAGAAUGAGAAGAAAAAACAGGGUCCACACCAGCUUGCAACAUAAUUCACUUAACCCACCCACUAGUAGUAGUAGAAGUAACAGGCAAAUGAGGAGAAGUAUAAGAAAUUAGCAGUUUAGAAUUAGAAGAUCUUAAAGAAAGAGUUUUAGAUUCAUAUACUUUUAAACAAGACACAACACAGAGUUUAGGAUGUUCUAAAUAAUAGGGAUAGAAAAUAGAAGUCAUAGUUUUAGUACGUCUAGAAAGAGAAAAAAUUACACCUUAAAGGGAAAACAUUUUAGCAUCAUAAACUAUAGAUUUUACAUCAGAAACUCUUUUACAAGAUAAAAGGCAUAACAAAGUUGCACGUUUAGAAGUAAGUUGUUUAAGAGACAAAUCUUUAUUAUCUGGCCAAUUCCUGAAAAAUAAAAUUAUUAAUAAAAAAUCCCAAAAAUAGUUGUAUUUAGGAACGUUUAACAUGAAUGGACUUCAGUAAUUUACAAAUGAUGAAAUGUUGACCUAUAGGGGCAUUAUAUAGUAAUUUAUGACCAGCUGAAAUAGCAGAACAUGCAAUGUUGAUUGAUCUUUACGUCAGAGCAGCCUCAAAAAGAGAAGUAAGAUAAUUGAUCACUUUACUCAAAGGGGCUGAAAUGGGAUCCAGAUUCCCGUCACAGCACCAACCAGUUCAUUUAGUCCAUGCGGAUAAAAAACAUUUCCUUGGUCCUGGUGCCCAAGAGUUUAGAAGGAGGAGUUUAGCUCCUGUUGAAAGACAUUUGGAAGACCAGAAUCCCCGGAAAUCUUCCAGGCAAUGAGUUGAAGAGAACCUGCAAGAUUUUGUUGAAGGGUUAAAAGAACUGUUGGAAGGAAGAACAUUUUCAGUAGAAUUGGGAACCAAGAUUGUGAUGUCCACCAAGGGGUUAUUAGGAGAAGAUAUUUGAUUCCUCCUCACAAAGGACAUUGUUCAAGGAAUCAUUGAUAAUGGGUGAAAGGCAUAAGCUCCUAUCAGUGACCAAUUCUGAAGAAAAGCAUCCAUUGCUAAAGCUGUCUGAUCUAGUCUCCAACUGUGAAAUGGGAGGAUUUGAUAAUUGUGGCGAGAGGCAAAGAAAUCCAAUACAAAUGAACCUCUUAAAUCUAGAAGUUUGAGAAAAAGAAGUCUGUUUCAUUUCCAAUUGCUGUUGUCUUUUAGAUGAUGAGAUCCCCAAUCUGCUGCGGAAUUGAAAAGUCCAGGCAUGUAUUCCGCUUGAAUCAAUAUAUUGUGAGAAAUACAUUGAUGUUAAAAUUCCUUGGUAAUAUCCGAUAACAUUUUUUAAGUACCUCCUAAUCGAUUCAAAUAACGUACUGCUGAUAUGUUGUCCAUACGUAGCAGAAUUGAAACAGGAAAACUGUUUCUGACAAAACUCUUGACUGCAAAAGAACCAGCAAGAAGUUCUAGUCAGUUGAUAUGUACUGUAGCUUCUUCUCAGACAUUGACCAUUUGCCUCCAGUGAUGAGAGGACUAAAUCUGGCACCCCAACCUGAAUUGCUCACGUCUGAUUCCAGAAUAAUUUUCGGGAGAUUUCCCAAAGAUAGCACUUUCUUAUUCCAAGCUUCGAUAUUGGAUAACCACCAAAGAAGUUCUGUCCUUGCUACUUCUAAUAAAGAGAUCUCUUGAAAGUAAGAAUAACCUAAACAAAGAUAGUGAAUCUUCAAUCUCUGCAAUGCUCGAUAAUAAAGUGAUGCAGAAAAAGUUGCUUAUAUUGAAGAAGAUAGAAGACCUAUAAUGCUUGCUAAAUAAUGAAAAGGAAAGAAUUGUUUCUUGAGAAGAUAAAUUCUUUCUUUUUUAUCUUGUCUAAGGGAGACUUAAAGAAGCAGAAACAGUAUAUAUAACAAAACCUAGAGAAGGAACAAGGACUAAUUUUUUUACAUUGAUAAUAAAACCUAAAUUCUGGAGAAGGUUCAUAGUUGUUUUCAAUUGAUUGGAGAGGAUAUUUGGAUCUUGAUGAUAUACUCUCAACCAAGAAACAACAGGUUUAAAUACUUUGGUAAAAGCCCAAGGAGCAGAUGAUAAGCCAAAGGGAAGACAAGUAAAUUGCCAAAAUUGAUCUUUCCAAAAGAAACCAAGAAAUUUCCUGAAUUUUCAGUGACCUGGAAUAGUAAAAUAAGCAUAUUUUAGAUCUAAUCACACUAACCAAUCGCUGUCCAGAAGACAAUCUCUUAAAAGAUGAAUUUCUUCCAUCUUGAAAUGAUUGUACUCUAGAUGAAGAUUUAACGGUCUUAAAUGUAUUACUGGAUGAUUAGAUCCUUCUUUUUUCUUUACCAGAAACAUAUUGCUGAUGAAUAAAUUUGAUGGGUCUAUAACUUGUUCUAUUGCCUCUAUUUUUAAUAAGUCUAAAAUUUCUGAAUCUAGAAGAUUGGAGUCUGAAAGGGAACAUUUUAUCAGAGAAGGAAGGACAUGCUGCACUGGAGGGGAAGAAAAAACUAAAUGGAAACCUGAAAUGGUUUGAAUCACCCAGGGAUCUUUUGUAAUAAAAGUCAAAUUUUUUAUGAAAA